AUGCUAUAAUGCAAUUGUGAUAUAACAGGUAAAAUGCCAACAAACUGUUUUUUGGUGAACUCCGAAUAGUUUUACAAAGUGUAGUAAAUAUUUUACCAUGGAUCAAGUGUAAAAAAUUGUAUAAUUGAAACUACUCCGGUGUGGACCAGAGUAAAAUGUCGCUGCAGACUUUAUGCCGGCUACGGCCGGGCCAGUGUAUGAAUAGAUUAUUUUCAAAUCACAACCACUCGCCGCUAUUCUAUCGGUGCAUUGGAAACCGGAGCCCAACAGAUGCCGCGAGACAGCAUAAAAUUCGAACCACGCUCUAUUAUGUGGCAGCCGCUGGUGUUAUGACCGUCGGUUUGAGUUACGCUGCGGUUCCACUGUAUCGAAUGUUCUGCCAGGCGUACAGUUAUGGAGGUACCACCGGACAGGGACAUGCCGGCGAUAAGGUAGAAAGUAUGCAGAGGGUAAAGGAUCGUGUGAUAAAAGUUACGUUCAACGCCGAUAUUGGUGCUUCGAUGCGGUGGAACUUUAAACCACAACAGCCUGAAAUCAAGGUUGUUCCGGGAGAAACAGCACUCGCUUUCUACACGGCGAAAAAUCCUACGGAUCAACCAGUGAUAGGAAUCAGUACCUACAAUGUUAUUCCUUUCGAAGCGGGAGCAUAUUUCAACAAGAUACAAUGUUUUUGCUUCGAAGAACAGCAGCUUAAUCCACACGAAGAAGUGGACAUGCCGGUGUUCUUCUAUAUUGAUCCAGAAAUCAUGGACGACCCAAGGAUGGAACUGAUUGACUCUAUAACGUUGUCCUACACUUUCUUCGAGGCAAAAGAAGGCGUUUCGUUCCAAAUGCCUUCGUACGCAACCAAGCAUAGUUCUAAAUAAAUUUAUUUUUGUUGACUGAAA